AUGACAUCAGAAUUAAUCAAUAUUCAAAUAAAAGACAAUGGAAUGGUUCUCAUAUUUGAUGAACUUCAAAAAAAGGUUGACUAUUUUGAUACUCAGUGUGCUGAAACUCAAAGAAAGAAUUUGGAAAUGCAAGAAAAAAUUAUUAGUCUUGAAAAAGAGAUAACAAAUCAAAAUGUAAUUCUCAAAAGUGUGAUGAUGUUAUCAAAAGAAGUUACUGAGAUUAGAGAUUUAGUUAAUAAGUUAAAUGAAGAAGAUGCCCAAAAAGAAAAAAAGAUUAAACAGUUACAAGAACAACUUGAAAUAAAAACUAAAGAACUUGACCAAAUAAAAAUUGAUAAUGAAAAUAAAACAAAGGAAGUUGAGCAAAUUAAAAGUUUAAAUGAAAAAAUUCUUAAUAAUCAAGUUAGCUUUGAAGAGAAACAAAAACGUGUAGAAUCAGAAAAUCAAAAAUUAGAUGGUACUUCAGUUAAUAAUAUACCUCAUAAAAUUAAGUGCUUAAUUUGUCAACAAUUAAUAGGUAUUGAUUCAAUAAUUUCUCAUAUUGUUGAACAUGUCAACAGAGAUGAUACUAAUAUUAAGUCUAUGAACAAUGAAAUUCAGAAUCCUCCAGUAAUUAUUAAACCAUCAAUUACUAACCAAACAAUUACUCCUUCUUCUCAUCUACAACCAAUAAUUCCCUCUUCUUUGUCUACAGGCCCUGCUAUACAACCUUCACGUGUUGAUUCAAAACCAGUUGAAAAUAAACCAAUAGAAUCAAAACCAGUUAAAAUAGAACCAAAAGUAGUUGAAAUUAAACUAAUAGAACCAAAAGUAGUUGAAAUAGAACCAAUAGAAUCAAAACCAAUUGAAAUUAAACCAAUAGAACCAAAACCAGUUGAAAUAGAACCAAUAAAGCCAAAAGUAAUUGAAAAUAAACCAAUAGAACCACAACCAGUUAAAAUAGAACCAAUAAAGCCAAAAGUAGUUAAAAUAGAACCAAGCAAUGAGCUAUUAGAAUGUCCUGUCUGUUGUAAGAAAUUUCCUAUUAGCCAAAUAGAGAGUCAUGUGAAUAAACAUUUCUGUGCAGAAGAGCCAACUUUUGCUUGUCCUUUUUGUGGAUUGGAUAUGGGCAGUUCUAGUAAACUCCAAAAGCAUGUUUCUCAAGCUCAUUCACGUGAAAUAAAAUAA